AUGCCUGCCUCGUCGACGAUGGCGCUGCGCCCAGGCGCCCUGAGAAGGGGCGUCAUGGGCACGGUGGGUGUGCAGUUUUCGCGGUACUCGUCCAUACCCUCGAGGGCAAAGAUGGUGCGGGAGAUGGAGAAGACUGCCCGUCAAGAGUCGAAGAAGAUGGAAGCCGAGUCAAUGUCUGUUAUGCAGAAGAGAGCGAAUGAUGAGUACUUUAGGUCAGGAGGAGGGCCUCUGUUUCCUGGCACCUUCGUCCCCCUCCCCCUCUCUCGAUACCCCGGCGGCACCAACUUCUUCCGUUACUCGUGGUACCGCCUGCGUCAAUGGGGCAUUGAGACACUCUCCGUGCUCCAAUUCAAGCUCAAGUCCAUGCCCGACUGGACGACCCGACCCAAGUGGAAGGCCGCCCGCGGCAAGAUCGCACCAACAGCCAAGGUCAUGUACACCGAGAUGCUCACGGCCUUUGCGGCCGGUGACAAGGCUGCUAUCAACUCUCUCUGCCUCGGCCAGUUCGCAAAGAAGCUCACUGCCGCCAUCGACCGCCGCAACCCUACCGAGCGCACCUCGUUCGAGCUCGUCAAGUUCAACAAGACUCUCUUCUACCCUCGUGUCGUCGCCCACCAGGUGCACGCGGUGAACCCGUACGACAAGGACAACUCGACCGAGCAGGCCGUCAUUGCGAUUGCGUCGACGCAGCGAGCGUCAAAGUACAAGAAGUCUACUGGGGAGCUGAUCCCGGGAAGCACAAAGGUGCAGGAGAAGAUUGAAUACGUGGCUCUGUCGAGGCAGGUCAACGAGAAGACCUAUCAGUCUGGAUCUUGGCGUAUAUGGGGCACAGUCCCUGCUACGACUCUUGAGGCGUAUUUGGAGGAGCAGGCUUGGAUCAACGUGGAGCAGGCCAAGCGGGCGGGAUGGACUGGACCAACCAAAAAGUAA